AUGGAUGUUAAAAAUAUGUUUUUAAAUGAUGGUAUGCACGAGAUAGUUUAUAUAGUACCUCUUUCAGGUGUUGCUCAUAAUAAAGGGGAAAUGUGUAAGUUAAAGAGGACCACCUCUGAUGGUUGCAUUUUAAUCUUAUUAUAUGUUGAUGAUAUAAUUAUUACAACUGAUGAUGUUGAUGGGAAAUUACAAUUAACCAAGCAGUUUCAGAUGAAGGGUUUAUGUUCUCUUUUCUAUUUAUUGGGGAUGGAAAUUCCCUACUCUCUUAAAGGUUAUAUUCUCUCUCAAUCCAAGUAUAGUUCCAACAUUCUUAAACAAGCUCGCCUUUCUGAUACUAGAAUAACAUAUAGUUCUCUUGAAUUAAAUAUGAAAUAUGCUCUCUAUGAUGGUUUUUCUCUAUUAUAUUUCACUUUGUAUUGUACUUUAGUUGGAAGCAUGGCGUUUCUUACAAUUACCGGACUCGAUAUUCCUUAUAUUGUUUACAUCGAUAUACGUGAACUCAACUAA